AGCAAAUGUCAAAUAACCACAGUUGGCAAUGUCUCGGCCGCGCGUCGACGCAUUCGAAAAUCGAAUUCCAUAAAAAGCUUAUUUUACCGGAAUUCUUUUUACUUUUAAAACUCGCACGAAAAAGUUUGUGAUAAUUCCUUUAUUUGGUAUACACCGAAAAGUUUGUUAACGUCUGUGCUUGUCUUUGGUGAAGUGUUAAAACAAUAUGGCGGGAAGAAAAAGUUUAUUUAUUCUUUUUAUUUGCGCUAUGGCGUCCGUGUUGGACGGACAGACCUUGGGUGGUCCCAUGCACGACAAAGUCGUGGUGUGCUACGUAGCGUCCUGGGCGGCGUACAGACCUGAAGCGGGCAAGUUCCUACUGGAAGACCUGGAACCAGCCCUGUGCACACAUUUGGUGUACUCGUUCGCUGGCCUAGACGAGGAGAAGAUGUCCAUCAAGAGUCUUGAUGCUUGGCAAGACUUGGAAAAAGAUUACGGAAAAGGUGGCUACAAGAGACUGGUCAGCCUAAAGAACCGGUACCCACAUCUGAAGGUAACAAUCGCUAUAGGCGGGUGGAAUGAGGGCUCCUUGAAGUAUUCAAAGAUGGCCGCCUCGCGAGAAUACAGGGAGAAGUUCAUACAAAGCGUGCUGAACUUCUUAGACCAAUACAAGUUCGACGGGUUGGAUCUGGACUGGGAGUACCCAGCGAGAAGAGACGGCCGCCCAGAGGACAAAGCCAACUACGUUGAGCUCGUCAAAGAGUUGAGCGAUGCAUUCAAACCAAAAGGCUACAUUCUCACUGCGGCACUAGGCGCUGGUAAGGAGACCAUGGACGCCGCGUAUGACCUCGCCAAGCUGAGCCGAUACCUCACCCUGAUACAUAUGAUGUGCUACGACUACCACGGCACUUGGGACGGGAGGGUGGGAGCCAACGCCCCCCUCAAAGGAGUCGACGAAGAUGAUGUCUUGAGCGUGGAUUAUACAAUCAACUACAUGCUGUCCCACGGUGUGAGCCCAUACAAAUUAGUCCUCGGUUUGCCCAUGUACGGAAGAACGUUUAUAUUGAAAGAGCCAUCGGUGAGAGACAUAGAAUUCGGCAGGACUACGGUUCAAGCCGCCGGGUUCAAGGGACCUUAUACUGGUGAAGCCGGAUUCAUGGGGUAUAAUGAGAUUUGCCAAGAGGUCAGUAAUAAGUCAUCAAAAUGGACGCACCAUUGGCACUCGCAGUCGUCCACGCCUUACCUCAGAGACGGGGAGAGGGUCAUAUCUUACGACAACGCCCGGUCCAUAGCCAUCAAAGUCAAGGCAGCCAUAGACUAUGGUCUAGGAGGUCUGAUGGUGUGGAGCAUAGACACGGACGACUUCAAAGGCGCGUGCGAGCAUGAAACGGACGCUUUCAUAGAUUUCGAGCACAGAUACAGUAAAAUGGUGGACGACCCCCUACUACGUGAGGCGUUGAAAACACUGAAUCUACCCGACACGAAUCGUCUCAGCAAACGUACUGCCUACUCCGUGUCUAACGGCCGACUGAACUUACGCAUACCGGAACCGCAAUACUCAAACUACCCUCUAAUGGAAACCAUAAACUCGGCGGCCAUGUUGGCGGUAGAAGAGAAGAGAAUACUCGACGAGAUGGAGAUGAUCAACAGACAGAACGUCAUAGAAGAUGAAGAAGACAAGCCCGGCUCUUCUAGUAGAAUAGCGGGUGGUUUUGCUGUUCUGUUCUGUGCUUUGGUUGCCUUUAGAUUGUAAUUUUGUUGCUUAAAUUCGUGUAGUAUAAGGUAGCUGAGCAUAACCACAGACAAAUAUACUUGCGUAGUAGACACAAACCUAGUUCGGAAUUCGAAUAGUUGAAUUCGAUCUCAAUAUGUGUCAAAUGUGAAGAAGUUUUGUAUAGCCACAACAGCGCCACAACGGACAUGACGAGAAUUAAAAAUCUUCCAUGCAAGACUUUUUUAAUAAAAAGUCUAAUUAUCGAGUAUUCGAAAUAGAAAGUCAUAUGAAUUUGUGAUUCUUAUUAGCAUUUUUCAUGGGAAUUGAAAAAGCAGCCUUUUUUUAUUUUUACAUUUACAAAUUGUUUUUUCUCCUUUGACAUCAGUGUUAUCAAUGUAAGUUCAAG